AUGUCCUUCUCGAACAGCAGCGGUGGCACACUCGCCCUACCAUCACCAACCCACGCCCACCACAUCGACGUCACAUCGGCAGUCCGCACUCUGCGACGCUCUAUUUCGCGAUCACCUUCCAAGUUCUUGACGCGUUCCAACUCCCAAAACUCGCUGAGCCCCGAAAGCCCCCACCAAACCUCACCUCAAUCGCCUUGCCGUCGAUUUGGCGCAACACCGCAAAACCAACAACUUCUACCGUCCCACACUCGCUCAGCACCUCCUCACAUCAACGGUGCCCCGCAUUCAGCCGCCUUUACACCUUUCCGCCCCAGCGUCAGGCUCUCGUUGCGUUCCGCCAAGGCCGGUAAGACAUCGCCCUCAAGACCAUUGACACGAGCACGCGCAUCUCCCAAGAGCCCCCUUAAGAGGGCACUCAACAUGGCUCCUGAUAGCGGCAACUCACUACCUGCGGUACCUUUGGCCUCGGUUAUCGAUGCAUCAGGGCAAGAGAACAAGGCUCUGGGAGCUACAAGCCCUAUCUCUGUCAGUCCCGUCAAGCGACGCAGCCUCACUCUCGACGUCGCUGGAUCUUCGCCGACCUCAUUUCUCAAGUCUCUUGAUUCCAACAAUGAUGGCCAGGUGGUCCCAAACAACGGGUCAUUAAAGCGCAGCGACGCAACCAUGAAUCUGGACCAACCGAGCCAGGGAAGCCCGGUGGCUAAGCGACGGAGCUUGCAUGGAAUAUCGGGACUGGGCCAGAACGAGGACCAAAAUAUCUUUGGUGCCAACACGACAUCUUCACAGAGCUUCUAUAUACAUGAAGACUCAUCUACCGAGUAUGAGAUUGCGGGUACUAGCGGAUCACCAUUCCGCGAUCCCGCGCCCUCACCAACACCUGCGACGACGAAUGUUCCUAAGAGGUCAUCGUCCCUACGUAAGUCAACUCUACAACAAAGAUACGGGGAGCGAGGAUCAUGGGGAAAACGAUCCGGUGAACGACAGCUGGCUCAGAUGAGCUCCGAAUAUUCUCCUGUCCGAAGUCGACCUCGCCUUUCUCUGGACCAAUUUGUUCCUCCUCCCGUGCCUCAAGAGAGUCCCUUUGUUACUACAACGCCGACCUCGAAACCACCACCCACUACUUUCUUUGGCGACAAGGCCCACCAACCACAUCCUCUAUCGAAGACACUGACGACAUCGUCUUCAGGAAACAGCCUAACCGAGGAAGCACCUAUUUAUGCUCCCGUGCCCCGAAUGCCAGAUCGACCCAGACCUCACCUUUUCUCACGAUCUCUGCCUCUCAAUGCGACACGACCUACUCGCCCAAAUGACAUGUCCAAGGCCAUGGCGACACCCAGCAACUCGCAGCUGUGGGUGGGUGCUUUCAACUCUACUGGACUUAUUUCCAAGGUCAACCGAAACCCCGAAGAGGAUGCCGACAAGAAGAUGGCCCCUCCCGAUACACCAUGCAAGAAACACUCUAACCCGUUCGCUACUUUCCCUCCACCGGCUGGGAGUGCCAUGAAGAAGAGGGGUAACAACCGGAAUUCUUUUGGCGGUCUCCCUUCCACCCCAUUUGGUAACAGUACAGCCAGUUUUGGUAGGCCAGGCAAGGGCAUGUCGAUAUUCCAGCGUGGCAGUGCUUCUAGGAGUGCACGUCGCGGUAGUGUCCUUAGCCUGGAUGGCGACGAGCACAAGCUCUUUGGUGAAACGAUUGACUUUUCCACGCCCAUGGAAGGCGACGCUCCCCCUACUCCAACCAAGAACACUUUGACUCCUAGCCUUAGCAAGGUCAGCGAGUACUCUUUUGAGAGUCGCCAUGAUAACCAUAGCCCAACUGCCAACCGAACAUUACACUCCACUACUCCGGUCCUCGGCACCUCUAUCCCUCGAGAAGCAACUUCCAGCCCCCUUGAUGGACGACGAACACCGCAAACACCACGUGAGAGUUUGCUGCCUCUCGACACCAGCCGAUUAUCUAUUUCUCAGAUUGGCGAUGGCUUUUCUGAUAACAUGCCACCUCCCGUCACCCCAACGGCAGGACGGGACUUGCGAUCAUCUACCAGCCUCCUUGUUACUCCCGUGAACGCCCGUACUAGUAACAUUGACAUUGAUGCAAGCCUAUCCUCCCGAUUUGACAAAGUUGAGCAGAUUGGAAAGGGUGAAUUCUCAGUUGUCUAUCGUGUCACUCAGGCGGACCAUCAAAUGACAUUUGGCAACCUCAGUACAACCCCGACAACAAGCCCCACCAAGGGCAGAGUCUAUGCUGUAAAGAAGAGCAAGCAUGCGUUCCAGGGACCGAAGGAUCGGGAUACAAAGGUCCGAGAGGCCGAGAUUUUGAGGACUCUUAGCUACUCUGAGCAUGUGGUCCAGUACUUCGAUCAUUGGGACUACAAUAACCAUCUCUAUAUCCAAACAGAGUACUGCGAAGAGGGUACUCUCGACAAGUUUCUUGGCACUGUCGGACGAGGUGGACGACUAGAUGACUUUCGCAUCUUCAAAAUCCUCCAGGACCUGUGCUUGGGCCUGAAGGAUAUUCACGAUUCAGGUUUCAUGCACCUGGAUCUCAAGCCGGCCAAUAUUCUUGUUACGUUCGAAGGUGUUCUCAAGAUUGGUGAUUUCGGCCUAGCCCAAUCCUGUUCAUCUGCCGAAUGCGUGGAUGUUGAGGGCGAUCGUGAGUAUAUGGCCCCUGAGAUGCUCAAGGGUAAAUCCUGCCAGUCCGCCGAUGUCUUCUCUCUUGGCCUCAUCAUCCUUGAGACAGCCGCCAACGUUGUCCUACCUGACAAUGGACCUACUUGGAUCGCCCUCCGCUCUGGAGAUCUUUCCGAAGUGCCAAGUCUCACCUGGAACCCCUCUAUUGAGGUCCAGCGAGAUGCCACUGGUAACCCUACCGAGAUAAUGCACAGCGAUGAUUUCACAAGUGGCAAGACGCACGACCCAAGCAACUUGUUUGGCCCAUCCAAGCGAUCGGAACUACUGCAACCUCCCGAGUUCAUGGUUAAUGCCACCCACAACAGUUCUCUGGAUUUAAUUGUACGAUGGAUGACGGCCCAAGAGCCCAGUGAGCGACCAACUGUACACCAGGUUCUGGAACUUGAGGGCCUGCAAUGGGUUGGUCAUCACCGCGCCGCACCAGCAACUGUUUAUGAAGGAAACUGGGGACCUGAUGAGGAGUUGAUCCCUAUUUCCAUCGCAGAGGGUGGUGACAGUGACACAGAGAUGACCGACGUCUAG